AUGUUUCUAAAGAAAGUCGUUUUGAGAUUGUCCUCGAGCAAGGGCACGUCGCCGGUGCCGCGGCUGUCCCACCUAUGGCAGUCCUCGAGCGAGUUCUGCGGCUCAUGGGCGUCGGCGGCACAACACCGUGCCUCGACGGUGGGGGCGCGGCGUUCAACUCCUCUGCCCGACACUGCUUCCGUGAACUCGCGCACGGUCACCAUUAGCUCCGGCGCCAGCUUGGCACCUACGGCCACCUCCGAGAAUCUUGUCGAACAUAGCUCGAAAGUUGGCGUCCUCGUCUACCUCGCCUCUGAGGUGCUGAUUCACUUUGCUUCCUUUUUGCUCGUUUGGAACGCUGCCAGGGACAACAAGAAGACGCGCAUCAUUCCCCACCACGGCGCCACGUGCUGGCGUGCUGCUGGCAAUCCAGUGAUCCACAAUGGCCCUGUUUGGAUACUCUAG